CUUCUUCACUAGAGGACAGGAGGCUCUCAAGGCUCGGGUCUAGCCAUGGCCCCCUGGCGCAAAACUGACAAGGAGCGGCACGGAGUGGCCAUCUACAACUUCCAAGGCAGUGGAGCCCAGCACCUCACUCUACAGAUUGGCGAUGUGGUUCGAAUACAGGAGACCUGUGGAGACUGGUACAGAGGGUACCUCAUAAAGCAUAAAAUGUCACAGGGCAUUUUUCCUACAUCCUUUAUCCAUCUCAAGGAAGUGACAGUGGAGAAGAGAAGGAACGUAGAAAACAUCAUCCCUGCAGAGAUCCCUUUGGCACAAGAAGUGGCAACGACACUCUGGGAGUGGGGAAGCAUUUGGAAGCAGCUCUAUGUGGCCAGCAAAAAGGAACGCUUCCUCCAAGUGCAGUCCAUGAUGUACGACCUGAUGGAAUGGCGCUCCCAGCUCCUCUCGGGAACACUACCCAAGGAUGAGUUGAAGGAACUGAAGCAGAAAGUCACAUCCAAGAUCGACUUUGGCAACAAAAUCCUUGAGCUGGAUCUCAUUGUCCGAGAUGAAGACGGAAACAUAUUGGACCCUGAUAAUACCAGCGUCAUCAGCUUGUUCCAUGCUCACGAGGAGGCAACUCACAAAAUCACGGAGCGCAUCAAAGAAGAAACGUGCAAAGACCAGCCAGAUUAUGGGAUUUAUUCACGAAUCUCCUCAUCCCCCACCCAUAGCCUCUACGUCUUUGUGAGAAACUUUGUGUGCCGAAUUGGGGAGGAUGCUGAACUCUUCAUGUCUCUGUAUGACCCCCACAAGCAAAUGGUCAUAAGCGAGAACUAUCUGGUGCGAUGGGGCAGCAAAGGAUUCCCAAAGGAAAUCGAGAUGCUCAAUAACCUGAAGGUUGUCUUCACGGAUCUUGGAAACAAAGACCUCAACAGGGAUAAGAUUUACUUGAUCUGUCAAAUAGUCCGAAUCGGGAAGAUGGAUCUUAAGGACAUAAAUGUCAAGAAGUGCACCCAGGGGCUGAGGAGACCCUUUGGGGUGGCAGUAAUGGACAUCACCGAUAUCAUCAAGGGCAAGGCAGAGAGUGAUGAAGAGAAGCAACAUUUUAUUCCCUUUCACCCGGUCUCAGCUGAGAAUGAUUUCCUUCACAGCCUUCUGGGCAAAGUCAUAGCAUCCAAGGGCGACAGUGGAGGGCAAGGCCUUUGGGUGACCAUGAAGAUGCUGGUGGGUGACAUCGUUCAGAUCCGAAAGGACUACCCACACUUAGUGGACAGGACCACCGUGGUAGCCCGGAAGCUGGGCUUCCCAGAGAUCAUUAUGCCAGGGGAUGUCAGGAACGACAUCUACAUCACUCUCUUACAAGGUGACUUUGACAAGUACACCAAGACCACGCAGCGGAACGUGGAAGUGAUUAUGUGUGUGUGCACAGAGGAUGGCAAUGUCUUACCUAAUGCAAUUUGUGUGGGAGCCGGGGACAAGGCCAUGAACGAGUAUCACUCAGUUGUGUACUACCAAGUCAAACAGCCACGCUGGAUGGAAACAGUCAAGGUGGCCGUCCCUAUUGAAGACAUGCAGAGGAUCCAUCUGCGGUUCAUGUUCCGUCACCGGUCGUCACUAGAAUCUAAAGAUAAAGGAGAAAAGAACUUUGCCAUGUCCUAUGUGAAGCUCAUGAAAGAAGACGGAACCACUCUGCAUGACGGAUACCACGAGUUGGUGGUUCUCAAGGGAGACAGCAAGAAAAUGGAAGAUGCCAGCGCUUACUUGACGCUUCCUUCUUAUCGAUACCAUGUGGAAAACAAGGGAGCCACUCUGAGCCGGAGCUCCAGCAGUGUUGGGGGCCUUUCUGUCAGCUCCCGGGAUGUGUUCUCCAUUUCCAUCCUGGUGUGUUCCACGAAGCUCACGCAGAACGUGGGUUUGCUUGGUCUGCUGAAGUGGCGUAUGAGGCCGCAGCUACUCCAGGAGAAUCUAGAGAAGCUGAAGAUUGUGGAUGGAGAGGAAGUAGUGAAGUUCCUCCAGGACACUCUGGAUGCCCUCUUCAACAUCAUGAUGGAGCACUCUCAGAGUAACGAGUAUGACAUCCUCGUCUUUGAUGCUUUGAUCUACAUAAUAGGACUCAUUGCAGACCGGAAAUUCCAGCAUUUUAACACCGUGUUGGAGGCUUACAUCCAACAGCAUUUCAGUGCUACCUUGGCCUACAAGAAAUUAAUGACGGUGCUGAAGACUUACUUGGAUACCUCCAGUAGGGGCGAGCAGUGUGAGCCCAUCCUCAGAACUCUCAAGGCUUUGGAAUACGUGUUCAAGUUCAUUGUCCGGUCCAGGAGAUUAUUCUCACAGCUUUACGAAGGCAAAGAGCAGAUGGAGUUUGAAGAAUCCAUGAGACGGCUCUUCGAAUCUAUCAACAACCUGAUGAAAAGUCAGCACAAGACCACCAUUCUUUUGCAGGUGGCAGCUUUGAAAUACAUCCCGUCAGUCCUUCACGAUGUGGAAACAGUCUUUGAUGCCAAGUUGCUCAGCCAGCUCCUGUAUGAGUUCUACACUUGCAUCCCUCCCGUGAAGCUGCAGAAGCAGAAGGUUCAGUCCAUGAACGAGAUCGUGCAGAGCAACCUCUUCAAAAAGCAAGCACGAAGCAGACUGAGGCUUUCUUGAACUGGAACUGGAGAGAUCCAACAUGGAAGGAACUGGGCACUGAGAGCCCCCAGUAGUCCCAGGCAGCCAGGUUUGCUGUGCGACACCCGCCAGGCUGGAAAGAUUGCUGAGUGGAACCAGACCACGGAGCAAAAAAGAGAAGCCAAUUACCUAAAGGCAAAUGAGACUCUAAUUACAGCUUCAGUUGAAGAGGGGAAAUUAUUGAAGGAGAGGCUUCCCAUUCUCCAGCUACGUACAUCCCAGAAUGGUUGUUCAGAGCAAAGGCCUUUAUCAGGAUCUGAUGUUGCCACCUCCACCAGGACCCUUUACCUCUCGCAGCAUCUGCUGCUCUUCUAUCAAAGGCAGACGCAGGGUGGUUUCCUCGGUGCUUUGCUCUGAGUAUUAAGCGGGAUGUUCACACAGAGAGUCUGGCAUUUAGUAAGGAGCUCACAGGCGAAGUGUCACCACCCGUGCUGGCAGUACCGUUUCCAGCCCAGCUAUUACCUGUAUGGAAGAAGGGCUGUGUGGGGAAAGGUGAGGCCGGGAGUCAGUGGCGCCGUGUUCUGACUUCCUGCACGUGACAAUUUAGUGGAGUCAUCCCUCAGUCUCAAGUGAGAAACUUGAAUUAGGGAUGCUUCAGCCUGCUUUUACCUCCAGGUCUGCUGACUGAGCUGGCCACCCAGAGAUUCAGCUUUGAGCGGCUGUGCGAGCAGCACACAGCAGGAGCCUCAGACCCAGCCCUCCCUGACGGUGGAUAUAUAGCUUUUUAGUGCCCCUUUAAUUCCGUGCUUCCUGACCUGUCAGAGUACACUGUGCUGAGAGCAUGUGCUCUCAUAGUUGGGUAUCCUCACAUGAUCCCUAGGCACUGAGGGUUGUGCACGCUGCUCAAAUUGAAAUGUAGGAAGCAGGACAGGCUCCCACUGUCCACACUAUACCUAACUGUUCCCGAGUCGCCAGCAUUCACUACAGCAACUGGAAAUACAUUUGGGCUUGUAAAAAUUCACAAACUGUAUUCAUGGCAUUUGAAGAUCUGGGAUGUUGAGGACAUUCAGCUACUGACCCUUGUUGUAUGCUUCCUAUUUCCAGAAUGUAUUCCGUCCUCCCCCAAAUUAAAGGCAUGGAGGUUACAGGGAAUGACCAACAGACUCUGGGCCAAUCUUCUGAUACCUAGGCUCUGCCUCACUUUCAGAGUAAAAUGAGACCAUCAAAGAGGGUCCUACCUGCCUGGCAGAGCAAUUUUGUUAUGUGGGGAGGUGGGAGGGAAAUCAGGAGAAAGAGAAAGAGAGAAGGAAAGGGAGAAAGGCAGGAGAUGAGUUAAAAAGGCUCAUACACUGGCCGUGUCAGUGUCUGAGGUGGGAAGAUUCCACAGCCAGUCGAUGAAAGAUCUAAAUCAGCAGUUCAGAGAAACAUUUAAGAGGCUUCGCCCUGAUACACACAACAACCUCGUUGCCCCUGGGCAUCUGGUUGAACAUCUCUCUCCAUCCCAAGAAAAUCUCAAACAAAAUCAUGGUCUUCAAUCCAAA